AUGGAACCGCGACCAUUCGAGAUCCAAAUCCCUCAGGCCAAAGUCGACUCGAUCCUCGACCGGGUGCGAGGCUUCAAUUGGCCUGCGUUCAAAUCGCCCGAAAAUGAUGGAAACUGGCGGCAUGGGCCUCCUACCCGGUUUAUGAGGCACCUUUGCCAGCAUUGGACCAGUGAAGACUACGAUUUCAGGGAGAGAGAGAGGCGAAUGAACCGUCAUCCGCAGUUCAAGGCGAACAUCGAUGACAUUGACGUGCACUUUGUCCACGUGAAAGGCGACAAGGAUGACCUUCCACCGCUGCUCCUCCUUCACGGUUGGCCCUACUCCUUUUACAGUCUCAGUAGCCUGGUAGAAAGUCUCCGACACCGAUUCCAUCUAAUCGUGCCGAGCAUGCCCGGCUACCACUUUUCGACCGCGCCAAAGACCCCCAUGGGCCCGAAGGCCAUUUCUCACGUGUUCCACAGGCUCAUGACCCAGUCGCUGGGCUACCACCGCUACUAUGUCCAUGGCGGUGAUUGGGGCUCGAUGCUGGCGGACCUUCUAGGUCUCUACCAUGCCGACAGUGUCCUGGGCGUGCACUUUACCCAGUACAGUGUUCGCCAUUACGACGCCGCCGCUCGGGACGGUCGACAUCCCGCCGAUGCAGACGCCAAUGAGGUAUCAUUCGCCAAGCUCGAGUCAGACUGCUGGUCAAGAGGGCAAGGCGCCUAUGGGCAGAUCCACGCAUGGAAGGCAAACAAGCUGGCUUAUGCCUUGGCUGACAGUCCGGUUGGCGCAGCGGCCUGGAUUCUAGAGGCCUUUCAUGCUUGGGCGGACCUGUCCCAAUCUCCGUCGCAAGCUGCGCUCCUGAAGAGCGAAGGAGGCCCAUUCGAUAUCGACAGUCUCAUCGACGAGGUCAUGCUCUACCUCGUCACCGAUUCACUUCCGUCGUCGCUGUGGAUCUACACUGGCGAAGUUGUCGAGGCAUCCAACCUGCUUCCCAAGGGAAAGAGGGUCGAAGUGCCCUGCGCAAUCCUUGCCCUUCCCGACCCCGUCUUUCCAAUGCCGCCCAAAAGCGUCUUGGAGAGGUCACACAAUGUCGUCAGGUAUACCAGAAGUGACCGAGGGGGCCACUUUGCAUUCUACGAGGUUCCGCAAGUGCUGGCUCAGGACAUCUGCGACGCUUUUACAACGCCCUAG